AUGUGCAACUACACCUACCACCACGACCCUACCUGCGGUCACAUAGCCUCCUUCAACGUCGACACCUGCACCGCGUUCACUUCUUCCCUGCGCAUGGCAGAGUCAGAAACAGACAAACAUCCUGUCUCCUGUACCAAGGCUAUCCACAGCCAUGACCUCGUCAGUCCAGCCAAUCCCUCCCUCUGUCUGCAGUGCGAGCAAGAGUGGAUGGAACGGGCAAAGAAGAGGGUUAAAGCUAUGGCACUGGGAGAAACACUCCUAGACGAAUACGAAGAACAGCCAGAAUUCGUCCAGUUAGAAGGGCUGGACUGUCCUCCGAAGGUGGGACUGACCUUUACAUUUUCUGCCCCAGAAGGCAAACAGAAAAAGCUAAUCGGUUUGGGUAUUACCAUGGACGAUGUUGAGCAGAAAAAUCAUGAUGCCGAUGUCGAAAACGAUAUUUUCAUCAAUGCCGGUGUCGAUUACCUUAUAAAUAAAGAUGAUGAUGGCCCCGAGUGUGACUACGAGAAUGCCCAUGAACAUGACACUGACGAAGACGGUGAGUCUUGUCCGACAAACUCCCCCUUCACAAGUCAGGACUCCAGUUUCUUUGAACAAAGGCAGUACUUUGAUUUCGAUUUCGAUUACGAUUACGAAAAUUCGCCCAUUCCCGAGGAAUAUGUCCAUGUCAGCGCAGUCGACGACGAAAGUAGCGGCGAUGAUGACAUCGAACUCGUCUAUCUCGACUACCCUAAAGCCACCCCAGACCACGGAAAACUCCUGCAUGAUCUCGAAUCCAGCUCUGAAAGCAUUGAAAUAAUCGAAUUCUUCGACCUAAGUCGUGCAUCCAGCCAUCCGGAAAUAUCCUUCGGGGACGAAGAGAACAUGCAGCUGGUAUCAGGGACUCCGCGUAGUCCACGGACAAAAGAAUUCAAAGAAUUUGAGGAGAGUGUCAAUGAUGCAGCUCCGUCGGUUACGCAUAUAAUGGACUUCCGGAGAUUCUUCCGAAGGUCACUAUGA